AUGGAAUAUCCUACUGCUACCGAAAAGAUGGAGCAAGACCACAAUAGACCCACAAUCGGAGAGCGUCAAAGAUCACUCCUACCACAAAGGUCUGCAAUUUCAAAGGGAAAGUACACCCUGCAGGAUUUUCAAAUCUUGAGGACCUUGGGCACUGGCUCCUUUGGAAGAGUACAUUUGGUUCGUUCAGUGCACAAUGGGCGAUACUACGCCAUUAAGGUGCUGAAAAAACAGCAAGUGAUAAGAAUGAAGCAAAUUGAGCACACGAAUGAUGAACGUCGCAUGCUGAAGCUCGUUGACCACCCUUUCCUGAUUCGCAUGUGGGGAACUUACCAAGACCAACGGAAUCUUUUCAUGGUGAUGGACUAUAUAGAAGGUGGUGAACUUUUCUCACUGCUCCGGAAAUCUCAGCGGUUCCCUAAUCCUGUUGCCAAGUUUUACGCGGCCGAAGUGAUCCUGGCCUUGGAGUAUUUACACUCUCACAACAUUAUAUAUCGGGACUUAAAACCCGAAAAUAUUCUGUUGGACCGUAACGGCCACAUCAAGAUUACAGACUUCGGGUUUGCUAAGGAAGUUGAUACUGUGACUUGGACGCUGUGUGGCACCCCGGAUUAUAUUGCACCUGAGGUCAUCGCCACGAAACCUUACAACAAAUCUGUGGACUGGUGGUCGCUGGGCAUCUUGAUAUUCGAAAUGUUGGCUGGGUACACACCAUUUUACGAUACAACGCCUAUGAAAACAUACGAGAAGAUCCUACAUGGAAAAGUGACGUACCCACCAUUUUUUCACCCAGACGUGGUUGAUUUGUUGGCGAAAUUGAUCACCGCUGAUUUGACCCGGAGACUAGGUAAUCUGCAAAGUGGUUCCAACGAUGUGAAGUCGCAUCCCUGGUUCGGCGAGGUCGUUUGGGAGAAGCUUGUUGCCAAAGACAUUGAGACGCCUUACGAGCCCCCAAUCACGGCUGGUGUAGGUGAUUCUUCUUUAUUUGACCAGUACCCAGAAGAACAUCUGGAUUAUGGCUGUCAAGGCGAAGAUCCAUAUCAUCAAUAUUUUAUCGACUUUUAG